ACCACUGAGAGUGCGCAUUACGCACCCCUCACCUGCCGCACUUAAAAACUUCAAUCUUCAUCUUUUCACGUACCUAUUUUUCCCUUUUGCAGAAAACCAAACCACAAAACCAAAAUCAAAGAUUUCAACUCGACUUUGAAACCAAAAAAAAAAAAAAAAAAAAACUCGAGGCCUCUCUCUUUUUGCGACUUUCCAGCUCCUCUCUGCGUUAGGAAAGUCAACGAGAGAAAAGUCAGCGGGCGAGGAACCGAGAACUACGACCUCUAUUUCAGGCAUGGCGAAAGCGGAUACAAGUUCUAUAUUCGGCUCAUCUAAUGAGUUUACUCUCGAUACUGUGAGAGACGCACUGAUCAGGCAAGAGGACACAAUUGUUUUCAGUUUGAUAGAGAGAGCUAAAUUUCCUCUCAAUUCUCCGGCCUACAUUGAGUCUCCCUCUUUAAUUCAUGGAUUUCGCGGUCCUUUGGUACACUUUGUUGUUAGAGAAACCGAGGCCGUUCAAGCCAAGGCAGGGAGAUAUGUAAAUCCGGAAGAACAUCCCUUCUUCCCUGAUCAUCUACCACAUCCACUGGUGCCUCCUCACAAAUAUCCGCGGAUUUUGCAUCCCGCAGCUGCUUCCAUUAACAUAAACAAAGACAUAUGGCAUAUGUAUUUCAAGGAACUGCUGCCAUUGUUUGUUAAAGCCGGUGAUGAUGGCAACUAUGCAUCCACGGCGGCAAGUGAUAUGGAGUGUCUGCAAGCCCUCUCCAGAAGAAUACAUUAUGGAAAAUUUGUUGCUGAGAUCAAGUUCAGGGAUGCACCGAAGGACUACGAGCCAGCAAUUCGUGCUAAGGACAGAGAUGCUUUGAUGAAGUUAUUGACAUUCCCAGAUGUAGAAGAGAUGGUAAGAAAGAGGGUUGCGAAGAAAACAAUGACAUUUGGGCAAGAAGUGACUCUGAGUGACAAUAAGACUGUAGGGGAGCCCAAGGUUGAUCCAUCCGUAGUUUCUCGUCUCUAUGAAGAGUGGGUGAUGCCUCUUACUAAACUCGUUCAAGUUGAGUACCUCCUCCGCCGCCUCGACUGAAAAAAGACUACCGAGGAGUACGAACGAAUUAUAUAAUCUUUUGAUGAACACAACUGUGGCUCUGUCCAUUUAACAUUACCAUGACUUAAAAACUUUAUAUAAUUUGAAGUGGGGCUGUAAUUUCUUCAGUUGAGGUCAUAAAACUAUUGAAAUAA